AUGAUUUGGCCACAAAAUUUGCCGGUAAUUUCUUUAUUACGUACUAUACAUGAAAAAGAGCAGUCAACAAGUAUGCGAUGGCUAAAUUUAUCACGUAUGAAAUUUUUUCUGUUAGCAACCAGUGGUCAAAUAAUAUAUUAUUGGUUUCCUGCUUACAUUUUUCCUUUACUGGUUACUUUCAAUUGGAUAUGUAUGAUCAAUCCAGACAAUGUUAUUAUCGCUCAGUUGACUGCUUAUUAUGGACUUGGUAUGGGUACUCUAGUAUUCGAAUGGAAGAGCAUUACACAAGUUAUUGGAUCACCGAUACUAGUACCAUAUUGGGCUCUGAUGAAUCUCGUUGUAGGAUUUCUAUUUUUUACUUGGUUUUUUAUACCAAUUAUUUACUACUCAAACUUAUGGAAUUUUAAAAAUUUGCCCAUUGCGGGAUAUCCAAACGUAGACCUGAGUAAUGGGUAUGCUUUUUUUACAGCCGAUGGAAAACUAUUUUUUCCUGACAUUCAACAAUAUCUUACCAAUAGUACUUAUGUCAAGAAUCUACCACCAGUUUUAUAUGAUGCUACAACAGCUACCGCAAGCUAUUUAAUAUUUGCCUCAUUAGCUUCCCUCGGUGUUCACACACUACUAUAUCAUGGCAAAGAAAUACUUCAUUAUUUCCGUACUUCACUGCAAAAACGUGAAAAUGACAUUCAUUGCACAUUGAUGUCAAAAUACAAGGAGGCAUCCGAAUGGUGGUAUAUAUUAUUGUUCGUCAUUUCAUUUGUUCUUUCAGCUCUAGUUUGCCAUUUUGGGGAGUUUAUGCCAUGGUAUUAUUUAUUUGUGGCUAUUCCAUUCACGUUUGUAUGUUUAUUACCCAUUGGCAUCGUUCAGGCAACAACAACUGUUGAUAUUUUGCCCAUUUUUAUUGCAAGAAUACUAGGUGGUGCAUUAUUUGCGGGUCGUUUUAACCCAAGUGGUAUCAUGACAUUUAUGGUUUAUGCUUAUCAAAUGCAAACAAAAUCAUUAUCAUUAAUUCUUAAUUUGAAAUUUGCACAUUUUCUGAAAAUUUCUCCACGUACUCUAUUCAUGACUCAAUUAUCAAUUACCAUUAUCUCUGUUAUUAUAAGAUAUCUUAUUACCAAUCAUCUCUUAACAGUUAUUCAUGAUUUGUGUGAUCCUGACGGCGAUUGGUCGUGUAACACUAUAGAUAUGCAAACAAUAUACUUAGCACUGAUAGGUUAG